AUGAUCCCGCCCGUGGCGUCCAAGGCCAAGAAGAAGACCACCGAGAAGAAGCGGUCCGCGGCGCUCGAGCGCAUCUCGCGCUUCGACCUGCGGCCGCGGCAGGUGCGCGAGCACCUGGACCGCUACGUCGUGCGCCAGGACGACGCGAAGAAGGUGCUGAGCGUGGCGAUCUGCGACCACUACAACGUCGUCCGCCGGUGCCUGAGCGACGCGAGCGAGCGCGCCGCGGAGUACAGCAAGCCGAACAUCCUGCUCCUCGGCCCGUCGGGGUCCGGCAAGACCUACAUCAUGCGGACGCUCGCGAAGCUCCUGGGCGUGCCCUUCGUCAAGGCCGACGCGACGAAGUUCACGGAGACGGGCAUCGUCGGCGAGGACGCGGAGGACCUCGUGCGCAACUUGGUGGAGCAGGCCGACGGCGACGUCGAGCUCGCGCAGUACGGCAUCAUCUACGUCGACGAGGUCGACAAGCUCUGCCGCGGCGAGCAGGGCGGCACGUCGACGACGGGCGCGGGCGGCGCGACCGUCGGCGGCGGCGCGCGGGGCGUGCAGAGCACGUUCCUCAAGGUCAUGGAGGAGACCGAGAUCUCCGUGAACAAGCAGUCGGGCAUGAUCCCCGAGAUCUUCCUCGGCGGCAAGCCCGCGCAGCCCGCGCGCGUGUCGACGAAGCACGUCCUCUUCAUCUUCUCGGGCGCGUUCACGGGCCUCGACGAGCGGCUCAAGCGCAAGCACGAGCAGCGGAGCAUGGGCUUCGGCCUCGAGGCCGCGGGCGGCGACGACGGCCUCACCGACGACGGCGUGCCCAAGUCCUUCCUCAAGAAGGCGACGUCGAGCGACUUCGUCGACGCGGGCCUCGAGACGGAGUUCAUCGGCCGCAUCCCCGUGCGCGUCGCCGUCGACCCGCUCGGCGCGCGGGACCUGGAGCUCAUCCUGCUCCAGUCCGAGGGCUCCGUGCUCCGCCAGUACGAGCGCGACUUCGCGGGCUACGGCGUCGACCUCGAGGUCACGCGCGACGCCAUCGCCGCCGUCGCCGCCGAGGCCGCCGAGGAGAAGACGGGCGCGCGCGGCCUCGUCACGGUGCUCGAGCGCACGUUCCGCGACUUCAAGUACGAGCUCCCC